UGAAUGGACAGUGAGUCAGGCCAGCAAGGUCAGGGCUCACAGAUUCACCCUCUUUCCACAGUCUUCCUGUCUGCUGGCUUAGGGGUACUUGCUCCCCCAGAGACCUACACCCCUCCUGUGACCAGUGCCAGCUGGGAGCCCCGGCUGGGGAUGUCAUUUCCAUCAGGUUCUUGCACCAUACCCACAGAAGCCCAAGCCAUGGUGGAGCCCACUGGGCAGGGCCCCAAGAACCCACGUGUGUCCAGUGUGAUGGUACAGUUGGAGAUGAAGCCACUGUGGGAAGAAUUCAACCAGCUGGGCACGGAAAUGAUUGUCACCAAAGCGGGCAGGAGGAUGUUCCCCACCUUCCAAGUGAAGAUCUUGGGCAUGGACACAUUGGCUGACUACGCUCUGCUCAUGGACUUCAUCCCGCUGGAUGACAAGAGAUACAGGUAUGCCUUCCACAGCUCUGCCUGGCUGGUGGCUGGCAAGGCCGACCCCGCCACACCUGGCAGAGUGCACUUCCAUCCAGACUCGCCAGCCAAGGGCGCCCAGUGGAUGCGUCAGAUCGUGUCCUUCGACAAACUCAAGCUGACCAACAACCUGAUGGAUGACAACGGCCAUAUCAUUCUCAACUCCAUGCACCGUUACCAGCCCCGUUUCCAUGUGGUCUUUGUGGACCCACGCAAGGACAGCGCCCGCUAUGCCCAGGAAAACUUCAAGUCCUUUGUUUUCACGGAGACCCAGUUCACAGCUGUGACAGCCUAUCAGAACCACCGGAUCACACAGCUGAAAAUUGCCAGCAACCCCUUUGCCAAAGGCUUCAGAGAGAGUGAUGCGGACCCAUGGCCUGUGUCCCCAAGGCCACUGCUUAGCAUCUCGGCCCGCACGCGUAGCAAUCUCGGUCCUUGCCUGCUUACGGGUUCUGCAGAACGAGAGAAAGAAGUCAGUAAAGUUUCAGCUUCCAACUCCAGGACCCCUACCCAGCCGCACCAUCAGCUGCUGCCUGCCCCAGAGGCCCUGCUGGCCCCUGCCACCUACAGGCCCCUCCCUUACCAAGACCUGUACCCUGGAGCCCCUGGCCACGUUGGAAUUCCAAGGGCUCGGCUGGCACCGUACCCUCUCCCCAACAUCGGCACUGAUGGAGAUCAGGAAGACCCAACCCUCCCAGCCAGACUGGGGCUCCUGCCCUCCUCUGCCUUGUGCUUGGGGCCUAGCCAGGACUCCCAGUGA